GGAAAGAACACUGAACAGCCAGGAGGUGUGAAUAAAGGUUGCUUGUGGAAGUUAGACCAAAUAGCAGAAGGUAUUACAACAAGAUGGAUUUGGGAAAGGACCAAUCUCGCUUGAAACGCCGUCAGACACCUAAUCCUCGUCAAGAAGAGAACCAUGUUCCAGAAGACACUGGAACUUGGAAUUUGCGAAACAGAGAGCAACUCAGAAAAAGGAAAGCUGAAGCGCAAGAGAAGCAAAAUUUGCAGUGGCAUUUUGGAGAGAAAAAAUGCAAGCGGCCAAGGACAGGAAAAGGAAACAAAAGAGGCAGAAAGAGACGACAAAGUACGGAACUGAAGGAGGAAUCUCAGUCACAAUUUAAAAAAGACACAAUGGAGAAAGCACUGGCACCUAUGGAGAAAGAAACUGAACCACCUAAGAGUAUAACUGAAGUGCUGUCUCUGCUAGCCUCUCCCAAAAAAGUUAUGCCUGAGACACAAUUUUCUGCAGUGGAUCAAGAAAACAUACAUCAGGAUCAUUCUUCUGAGUUACAAGAAACAGUUGUACAAAACCACCCUUCUGAAACAUGCCAAAAUGUGGCUGAACCUGAAGCCCUCUCUCCUACAAUGUACCAAGAAACGGCCAUGAUUCAAGGCCAUUCUUCCAUAAUGUGCCCUGAUACAGCUGAACCUGAAGAUUUUACUUCUACAAUGUGCCAGGAAACAGCUGUACUUCAAAACCAUCCUUCCAGAAUGUGCCCUGAUACGGCUGAACCUAAAGCCCUCUCCUCUGCAAUGUGCCAAGAAACAGCUAUAGUCAAAGUCCUUCCUUCUAAAACAUCUGAAGACGUAGCUGACCUGGAAGCAUGCUCUCUUGAAGCAUUCCCCAAACCAGAUAUGCCUAAAGGGUAUGCUCUUGAGAUAUACCAAAAGAGAGCUGAACCUGAGGAAUACAAUUCUGAACCAGAACAAGGAAUGGCUGAGAUUGAAAGCUUCUUUCCUAAGACACAAGAAAUAGCUGUGCCUAAAGACCUUUCUACAAAGACACACCAAGAAACCGUUGAACCUGAACACUUCUCUCGUGAAACAUAUAAAGAAAUUGCUGUACCUAAAGCAUUCUCUCAUAACACAACCCAAGAAGUGCCUGCUCUUGAGGAAUAUCCACCUGAAAUACACCAAGAAACACCUGGGCCUGAGGAAGACUCACCUGAAAUAUACCAAGAAACACCUGCGCCUGAGGAAGGCUCACCUGAAAUAUACCAAGAAACACCUGGGCCUGAAGAUCUUUCUACUAAGGCAUAUAAAAAUAAGGAUCUGCCCAAAGAAUGCUUUCCAGAACCAUAUCAAGAAACAGGUGGGCCCCAAGGCCAGGAUCCUAAAGCACACCAGGAGGACGCUAAGGAUGUUUAUACUUUUCCUCGAGAAAUGAGAGAAAAACCUGAAGCAGAAGAACCAGAGAUACCAGCAAUUGCAAAUGUUCCUCAAGAAAUUCAUCCAGAAAAUGACGUCUUUAGUUAUGUUUUGUUUUAACAAUGCUCAACCAUCAAUAGUUGUCCAACAAAAUACACAUCUUAAUAUA